GAGCCGGUUGGGAGCCGAAAUAGCCGACUCUUUUUAGUGAGUCGAGCCGAAAGAGUCGGUUCUCUAAAAAGAUCCGGAAAUCCCAUCACUAGUACAGGUGUAUUUAGCGCUGUGACAUAAUCCCCCACGUUUUCCCGACUGCAGGACUGCGUCACCGGUUUGUUUACUAUCCCCAGGAGUGACGCAGCUGUUACAUAAUGGAGUCUGACUGAGCUCGCGCAGUCACACCGGCGCGUGGCUCUGUUGUUGUUGUUGUUGUGCGCACGCAGGUGUUUACGUGACAGCAGCUGAUGUGAGAACAGCGCACGCGCUCUGCUGUCAUCGGGGGGCGGGAGUCUGAAGACAGGUGGAGACAAGACCAGCGCGAGGACUCCUACCGGAUACGAGCCUCGGCACCCGGGCAACAGCUCUCCUCCACAGACCCGUGAAAGUGCCACGGAGAGAGGGAUGGAGGAGCAGGAGGAGGAGGAAGACCUGGACGACGAGCUGGACGCGUCUCAGCUGGAGAGGUUCUUGAAGGACGGGAGGAGAGCAAAGUCCCUGCCGGCCUGCCCGGGAGGAGCCCACGGAGCGGAGGAGGGCAGGAAGCGCGUGAAGUUCGCGGACUCCAUGGGGCUGAGCCUGGCCCGAGUGAAGCACUUCAGCUCCCUGGAAGAGCCGCAGAUCCCCAGCAAGGUCCUGUCCCGGCACAAGAGCUUCCCCCUGGAGCAGCGGGACCUCCUGAGCGGCCUGUGCCACAACUUCGCCGCCGGCUUGCACGCGGACCUCCCGGAGCUCCGGGACACGGAGCGGAGAGUCCGGCGGCUCCGGGUCUGUCUGGAACGGCUCGUCGCGACGCAGCUGGACGUGCGGGGGCACGUGCGGGUCCUGAGCGGCUGCGCCACCGGGAGGGAGGUCGGAGUGAGGUACACCUUCAACGGCUGGCUGUCCCACAUGGACGCGCAGGCGGUGCCCGUGGCUGCCGUCGAGCCGGGUUUGGUGGGGGAGCGCUUCGCCUUCACCGUGUACACCCCGCCCCUCGCAGACCCCGGCUCCGCCGUGCACCUCGCCGUUUACCUGAAGUGCGAGGAGGGGGAGUUCUGGGACAACAACGAGGGGCAGAACUACACCGUCAGGUACCGCUGAGUGCCCGGCCUUUGUCAGCGCCGCCUUCCACGUCCCCUGAGCCGUUCCCGAGUGCGUGACGGCCUCCAUGUGGCGCUGCAGAGCUGUCAGUUUAUCAGUGCAGCUGCUUCCUCUCAGCCUCCAUCUCUGAACGCUGAUGAGCUCCAACCUCUCUGCUUCAGCCCAGAGGAAUCCCAGCAUUUCAACAGGAAGCAACACUUCAAAAUAAAAGCCGCAGCCUUUUAUAACUGAGAAUGAUUUAAAGUUGUGUUUUCUGACCUUGCCUGUAUUUCUACACGUUCACCCUCCAAACCAUUUAAAUGUUUCUGUUUCGAUCGUCUCAUUCUGAGAAGCUGCCAGGCAGCCAUUAUCCUGCAUCCACUGUUUCCCACAUUCCACAAAAACCCUCAAACAACUCUUUCCUGUGACCUCGUGUGACCUUCUGAUACCGCAGCUCACGUGUUCCCACCACGAUUUAAUGAACAAGUACAGCAGGUGUAAGACGACCAACGAGCAUCUGCUUGUUUGUUCCCAUGAUGGAGAACAGGUCUGACACUCCCAGGUUAGGAUUGGAGCCACACCCAUCCUUCCAGGUCGCUGCGCUCGGUCAAUCGGCUUCAGCUGAGACCACAGCGGGCCCUGUUUCUGAGAGUGAUCCACGAGCUGAAGCACCGACGCUGACCGGAGACGUACCUGUACAAGAGGAAGCCGAGGAAGAAGCAGACGGAUGGGAUCGUAGAGAAGAAGAGUGCGGCGAUGACUCUGCUCUCUGAACUUCAGUGAAAACCACGAAAGCAGCAGACCUGAAACACCCCGAGCUGGAACGGCUUUCUGUGACCCGUCGCCCACGAGGUGACGGAGAGUCCAAUGUUUGUGUGACAAUAACUGCGUGCUUCUCCUCUGCUGAUUUACAGUUGGAUGUUUUUUGCUCCAGACGACGAGCUGGAGGAUGAUGAUGAAACUUUUCUCUACUGAACACAACGUCCAGAUAAACACAGAACUUUUGGGGAAUCCUGGUGUUUUUUCUGCCAUUUAGUGCCAGUCACAUGACCCGAUCAUGUCUCUGUAAAUCAGGACUCAAACGGCCGUGACUACGACUGGACGAGCAGAAGCUGCGCGAUCCCACGGACGCUGCUGCUCGUCUGGAGAUCCUUGACUCCGUCACAUCCAUCACAGCUGCUGCUUUUCUUUAAACAAGGCCUCGUGUUCAUCAUCUGGCCUCGCAAAGGCACUUUGAAUAAAUCUCAGCUGGACAAACUCAACGUCUGAAUGUUUUUAUUCGAUAAUUUCCUGCAAACACAGCAGCACGAAAUAAAAAAUGGCAGUAAAUCUGACCUCGACUGUGUGUAGACUGUACGUAGAAGAUGGACGUGUGCGUCGGUCUGAAUGAGUCGGCUGCGUGUAGCAGCCAGUCUCUCUUUUUAACCUCAGUAAAAUCUGCCUGAUGGUCUCAGUCGCAGGUUUUAGUCGUUUAGAUUUUGUCCCAAUUCAGGGUCAAAUGAUUUAGGGUGUGGCUACUCUGUGAUUGACAGCGACCAGCUCUUUCUUACGCCAACACGUUGGCCGGGUCCAUCUUUUAUGUACAGGCGCUUCAGGCAGUCUGAGAGGCGUUACGAUUGGACGGCAAAUUGUGGAACAUUUUCGGAGAUCAUGUUUUUAAUCUUCCACGUUUGCUCUCUGGAUCAAGUGUGUGUGGUCUCAAACAAGCACACGGACGCUGUGACCGGACUCUGGUUCCUGCGCACCAGCUACACAACAGUUAAGUGGACUCAUCCUGCUCCUCGUCCGCCGGGUCAUACUUCCUGUCCUGGAAAAGCUUUAAUAAUGACGCCUGUGAGUGAGCUCCAAAGGCUCCGUUUACCACACUUAUUCUACUUUUGGGUAUCUCUGAUGUCACAGAGAGGAACUUAUACGGUCACCUAAGAAACAGAAGCUCCACCCACCUGUUGUUCAAAUCAGCCAAUCAGAAUAAAGCUAG